AUGGCGUGGCUGCAAAAUUAUCACGCCAUAAGCGGUACAGAGUGUCCGAUGGGUCUAUAUAAAAAUAAUUGGCAAUCCGCGAUUGUAGACCACACGGUAAUGACUGUUUCGUCUCUCAACCAUAUUCUUGAAGGCAGCGUUGGGGCCAACGCCUCGUCGUAUGCUGGCAUCUAUAACCAAUUAACCACUUUGGCGGAGAAUCCGUUAUCGCAUGCGGCCAGUCUCAAUUUCGUCGAGAAGGCCUGGGCCAGUUGGUAUUUGUGGAUGAACAACGAUGUGCUUGCCACCGGGCUUUUGUUCUUUUUGGUCCAUGAGUUGACCUACUUUGGCCGCUGCUUGCCAUGGGCCAUAAUAGACCAGAUCCCAUUUUUCAACAAAUGGAAGCUACAACCCGAUAAGAUCCCAUCCACCAAGGAGCAAUGGGAGUGUUUCAAGGCGGUGUUGAAGUCCCAUUUCUUGGUGGAAGCUCUUCCCAUUUGGCUCUUCCACCCACUCUGCUCCACCUUGAAAAUUUCCAUCGACGUUCCUUUCCCUUCGUUGAAGGUGAUGUGUGCACAGGUUGCAUUCUUCUUCUUCAUGGAAGACAUGUGGCACUAUUGGUUCCACAGACUCUUCCACAUUGGCUGGUUCUACAAGAACAUCCACAAGGUGCACCACAAGUACGCAGCUCCAUUCGGAUUCACUGCUGAAUAUGCUCACCCUGCCGAGGUUAUGGCUUUGGGCAUUGGAACUGUCGGCUUCCCAAUUGCAUACUCUUACGUCGCCAAGGAAUACGUUGGCUUGGGUCUCCCAGCAUUGCACUUGUUCACCAUCACCUGCUGGAUUGUGAUGAGAUUGUUCCAGGCGGUAGACUCCCACUCGGGAUACGACUUCCCAUGGUCGUUGCAACACUUCUUGCCAUUCUGGGCUGGUGCUGCUCACCAUGACUUGCACCACCACUACUUCAUUGGAAACUACGCCAGUUCGUUCAGAUGGUUUGACUUUGCAUUGGGCACGGAGUCCGGUCCAAAGGGCAGACACUUCAGAGAGUCCAGAAGUAAGGAGCAGGCAGAGAUUGCUGCCAAAAAGUCCAUCUAG